AUGUCCCACCUAACAAACCCCUACAAAGACGAUAUAGACUUCUCCGCACUCGCACUCCAAGACGCUGAUUUCGCGAAAGUGUAAGAAUUCAACCACCUAAAUUCCUCCUUCCUUCUUCGCCCCUCUAUAUCUGAAUAUCGGACAUCACGAUAAAGGAGUAAUUUUCAUAAUACAUAACAGGACGUGGUGUUCCAAGAACAAAAGCUGAUACGAAGAGAUAGGUUAAAACCCAAUGGACAACUCGACUUCACGAACCCGGCUUCGGUGCAGCAACUCACCAAGAGUUUGCUGAAGAGGGAUUUUGGGGUGGUUGUUGAGUUGAGUGGGGAGAGGCUUUGUCCGCCUGUUUGUGCCUCUAUCUAACUCCUCUUUCCCAUACCUCCUCCCUCUCCCUCUUACCUCUUAACCUGGGCUUAUACCCAGCUACCAAAAUCCAAUAUUCUGACUCAUAAAAAUAGGUCCCAAAUCGUCUCAACUACUUACUAUGGAUCCAAGACCUCCUUUCGACGACGAGUGAGGGCUUCACGGAUGAGUUUGAUCCUAGCAGAGAGGUGGUGGGGAUGGAUGUAGGCACGGGGUCGUGUUGUAUUUAUCCCCUGCUUGCGUGUUCGAAGUGUCCGGGUUGGAAGUUUGUGGCUACGGGUUUGUGUACUCUAUGAGGGGAUGUGGAAUAUGAAUUUUUGCUGAUGGGAGUAGAUAUUGAUGAGUUGAGUUUGCAGUUUGCGAAGGGGAAUGUGGAACGGAAUGGGUUUGGGGAGAGGAUUAGGAUGGUGAAUACUGUUGGAGAGGAGGGGUUGUUUCCUCUUGAUAGGUUGGGGGUUGAGAGGUAUGUUAUUACAUUCUUCUUUCUUACUUUGAUAGAGACGUUUUUUGUGGUAAGGAGAUGCUAAUAAGACAGCCUCAACUUCACAAUCUGCAAUCCCCCCUUCUACGCCUCCAAAUCCGAAAUGCUCGCCUCAGCCUCCCUCAAACAACGCCAACCAUUCACAGCCUGCACAGGUUCCGAAUCCGAAAUGGUCACGCCCGGUGGAGAAGUCGCUUUCGUCUCCCGGAUGAUCACUGAGUCGCUCCAGCUCAGAGAAAGGGUGCGAUGGUACUCCUCCAUGCUGGGGAUUUUCGCAAGUGUGACGAAGGUUGUGGAGAGGCUGAAGGAGGAGGGUAUUCAGAAUUUCGCCGUUACGGAGUUUGUCCAGGGAAGGAAGACGAGGAGGUGGGGUGUUGCGUGGAGUUUUGGGGAUUGGAGACCGAGGAUGGAGGUUGCGAGGGGGGUGGCUGGGUUGUCGAGGGCUCUAUUGCCGUUUCCGUGUGAGUAUUAUGUUAUGGUGUGUUUACCUCUGGUCACUGGUCAUUUUGGGAAUGCUAAUUGUUGGAUAGCUUGGAAAUGGAGUUGAUAGUCAGAAAGCUGGACAGCAUGUUAAUGAUAUCAUCUCGAAACUACCUAUGAGAUGGAUGUGGAAAGCCUCAAUCCUGACGGGCCUUGGGUUCGCUCAAAAGGCUGUAUGGUCCCGUGCUGCGAGGAGGAAUACUGCUCGAUCUGAGGAUACGAAGAUGGAUGAGGAUGUGGAUGAAGCGGCUUUAGGAGUCAAGAUCUAUUGUGGGGAAGUGGUUGAGGGUGAGGUUUUGAGGAGGGUUACGAUUCGCUGGGUUAAGGGGGUAGAUUCUGUGCUUUUUGAGAGCUUUUGUGGGAUGGUGAAGAGGAAGUUGGAUGAGUUAUAGAGUGAAAUCUGGAAUCUUCUUAUUGCUUGUAGUUGAUAAGGUGUUGGUGAAAGCAUGUGAGAAAAAAGACCUAUUAUGACGACUUGUUAGAUUGUCUUAGACAAAAGAACUGGGUAGCAAGCGUAUUAGUUCAGCCCAGCUCAUUCUGUCUAGGUAGGGUAAGGAAGGAGGUCGCUAUUCACUCAAUACCAUAAUUAG